CAAAAUGACUUGAACUCCUUCCUGUGGACCAUCAAGAGAGAUCCCCCUUCUUAUUUCUUUGGCACCAUCCAUGUCCCAUACACACGUGUCUGGGAUUUCAUCCCAGAGAACUCCAAGAAGGCCUUCCAGCAGAGCCAUGUUGUGUACUUUGAGCUGGACCUCACUGACCCCUACACCAUCUCAGCUCUCACCAGUUGCCAACUCCUGCCACAGGGUGAGAACCUCCAGGAUGUGCUGCCCCAUGACAUCUACCGCCGGCUCAAGCGACACCUGGAGUAUGUCAAGCUCAUGAUGCCAUCCUGGAUGACCCCAGACCAGCGGGGCAAAGGGCUGUAUGCAGACUACCUCUUCAAUGCCAUUGCUGGCAACUGGGAGCGGAAGAGGCCUGUAUGGGUGAUGCUGAUGGUGAACUCUCUGACAGAGGUAGACAUUAAGUCACGAGGCGUGCCUGUCCUGGAUCUUUAUCUGGCCCAGGAAGCGGAGCGACUGAGGAAACAAACGGGUGCUGUGGAGAAAGUGGAGGAGCAGUGUCACCCACUGAAUGGGCUGAACUUCUCCCAGGUGGUCUUUGCUUUGAAUCAGACUCUCUUGCAGCAGGAGAGCCUCCGAGCAGGCAGUUUCCAGAUCCCCUAUACGACAGAAGACCUUAUCAAGCAUUACAACUGUGGGGACCUCAGCUCCAUCAUCUUCAACCAUGACACUUCUCAAGUCCCAAAUUUCAUUAAUGCUACGCUUCCAGCCCAUGAACGCAUUACUGCCCAAGAAAUAGACAGCUACUUCCGUCAGGAGCUCAUCUACAAGCGAAACGAGCGAAUGGGCAGGAGGGUGAAGGACCUGCUGGAAGAGCACCCAGAUAAGAGCUUCUUCUUUGCAUUUGGAGCUGGUCACUUCAUGGGGAACAACACAGUGAUUGAUGUUUUGAGGAGAGAAGGGUACGAGGUAGAACACACUCCAGCUGGACAAGCCAUCAACAACAGAGAAUCCCCAAAAACCUUGCUAGCCUUUUCAUCAUCACACAGUCCUUAUGUUGCAUCCCAAGAGUUUCCACUGCCUUUGCACCCCCAGAAGGAGGAGGAGGAGGAAAGGUUCCUGCCUCAUCUGCUGCUCCCUGACAGUACUGAUGUUCUGGAGAAGGUAGACAGGAAGUACAAAAAGAAAAAGAAGAAACAGCAGAAGAAGCAAAGACUGCGUCAGUUUAAUGACCUCUGGGUUCGCCUUGAAGAAAGUGCUACUGACCCUCCUCCCCGGAUCCGCAUCAUUAACGGAUAUAUCACGGUUGAACCCCAGCCCCGGGGCCACGGACGGUCAAGCCGCACUCGUGCAGACAGCGGCAGUGCUCACCAGCUUUCCCGUUCUCUCUUCCUUCUGCUACUGGCUUUGACUUUGCAUGUGAUAAUGCUGCAUUGA